AUGAUGCAAGGCAGUCAAACCGAAGCUCACAACGGGCGACAUGCGCGAGUGCCACGGCCGUCAGGCUCAAACGUGUUGAAGAAUGUCACGUUCCCCAUGGUGCCGUGCUCCUGCGGUCAAAUCUACGUCGUGGGAAACGAGAACGACAAGAAGGCUUCGGAUCCUUAUGUUCUUGACAGCUUGGCCAACGUGGCUGUACACCAUAUGGCACUCGGGAGAACAAAUGCCAUCUUUCUUGCGGGUGGAAGAAAAGGAGGUGUCUACGUAUGGGACGGGCAGGGAGAUCCCCUGCUAGUCACUUCGAUCCACGGGCUCUUGUCCAUCAAACAUGCCGCCUGCUCCGAACAAACGUUCCUCAUCGUCUCCGAUAGCGGCAAGAUUCUGUCGUGGAGCGCUCAGAAGGAGCCCACUAUAGAAGCUCUGAGAAGUGUUCCAUGCGAUGUCCCAGUGUCGCAAGUGGCUUGCGGAGAAGACUUCUUCCUUGCGCUGUCGGAGGCUGGGCGGGUAUUGUCAUGGGGUUCGAACAAGCAUGGAGAGCUGGGGCUGUCUUCCAAGUUGUCAAUGAGGAUGGACGAGCCGACGAUCGUGCCUGCCCUGCAAUCCCAAAGGAUCGUGAAGAUUGCAAGCGGGAUGAGACACUGUGCGGCGCUCUCGGAGGAGAAGAAGCUCUUCAUGUGGGGAUCAAACAUGGUCGGACAGUGCGGGGUGAAAGGUGCAGACAGUCUGUUGGAGCCAACGCGAGUUGGAGCGAUAGCAGGAGGAGGAGGCGGCGAAGGCUCUCCAGACGAUCUCGUGGAGCUUGUUGCUUGUGGGCACUAUCACACGAUGAUUCUGACGACGAGAGGAGCGCUGUACAGCACAGGGUUGAAUCGUGAUGGGCAGCUAGGAAAUGGCUCCACUCAGAAUUCAGAUUUGUUUCGACCUGUCUACAAGAUCUCUUCACUGCACGACAUCUCUAUCAUCGCAUGUGGUGCUGCUCACUCAAUUGCGAUCAACAAGAACUCUCAGGUGUUUGCAUGGGGGGAUGGAAGCAAAGGGCAAUAUGGUCGACUUGGAGCAAAGGUAGCGUCAACGACUCUGAUGUUUGUGAUCAAAAUGAUUCUCCUCAGGAUCAAGAAAGGCCUUCGCUUCUCUGCUGCUUUCUGUGGAGCAAACUCAACGUACCUGCUAUCUGUUGAUGAGGCUCUCACUACAGAGCACUGCAACCUUGUGAACAGAAGAAUCUCCGAGUGGCAGCCCAGCAUCCCCAUCCUUGCUGUUAGUUGGAAUGUCAACGAUCUCACUCCAAACCAGAAGUCGCUAGACUGGCUCGUCAAUAGCCUGGGGAGUGUAGAAAUGCUUGUGAUCGGGUUGCAAGAGAUCGAUCUCAGAUCAGGAGCCUUCGUUGUGGAUACUGCACAAAAAGUUCAUCGGAGCGGCAAGGGAGCGCUGCAGGGACUCAAGAAAGGAUGGAAAGAGUCGCUAGGCGCUGCAGCUUCCGGAGUGAAGGCAGGAUGGUCGGAGGCAAAGCGAUCAGGAGCACCGAUCUCUGUGCAGUCAGAGAAGGGAGAGGAAUGGAGGAGAUCCAUCACCAGAGACCUCGGCCAGGAGUGGGUCGAAGUUGUUUGCAGGCAGAUGGUUGGCAUCAUGCUGCUCAUCUUCUGCAAGACCGCACAUCGCAAGACUGUGGAGCAGAGGAAUCAGCAGUAUCAUGCACUGGCCUCCCGCUUGCUCGACGACUCCUCCUCUCCUCACAUCUUCGGUCAUGAUUGCGUCAUCUGGCUCGGCGAUCUCAACUACCGGUUGGAUCUUUCGCGAGAACUUGCGCUUGUCUACGCAAGGUACAACCAUCACGACAAGCUGAUGGGUCAAGAUCAGCUCACUGCGCAAAAACGAGACAAGAAGGUGUUUGUCGGCUUCGAAGAGAUGAAGAUUAACUUCAACCCGACCUUCAAGUAUGACUUGAACUCCAACGAGUACGACACGUCCAAGAAGCAGCGCGUCCCUGCCUACUGCGAUCGCAUCCUGUGGCGAAACUGGCUGCACGACUUCCUCGAGCCCAUCGAGUACCAGAGAGCAGAGACGACUGAAUCCGACCACAGGUGGCAGCAGCAGCAGCAGCAGCAGCAGCAGCAGCAGCAGCAGGAAUGA